GCCCUGAGCAUGGUUAGGAAACAUGGGGUGCCACCCACUGGCAUCACUGGUGGGAGGUACAUAAGGGAGGAGGUAGGAAUAAUUUUUUAUGAACAUGGGACCAAUGUAGGUGUUGUUGCUGCAUCAAAGCUUUCUUCCAUGGAUCUUCAUUAUUGUAUGAGCAUGUUUCUGUGUAACUACAAGUUGCUACGUGUGUGCUUAUAUCUGCCUUGGGCAUGCACAUCAUUUAAGUGUAAGUGUGCUUUUCUAGUGAACAUAUGCAGAAAGCAAAGCCAUUAGCUACUGUUAAGGUGGAGCUUGGACUGUUUAUGACUCAGAUUUUACAAUGUGAUUACUGGCUAAUGGUCCUGAAGUCUGCUUUCCUGUGCUGCUGUCAUGUCUGUUCGUAUGUGUAUUUUGUAUCUGAGUGUAAUCUGAGAGUGAAAGAAGCUAGGAUUUAUGGUUUUAUGGUUAAUCCUGCGUAUUUUUGUGUGAGCAUAUGUAUGUGUCAUAGCUAAGUUAGGUUGAUUUAGUGUGCUUACUUUCAGAGUGCACCUGCAAAGCUUGAUGUUAUUGCUGUGUUAUUGCUGCUUUGACUGGAUUCAUGUUGUAGCCACACUGUGAGUCCAUGUCAAUUUGCUAGCAUAAAAAGAAUCAAAGGAAAUAAGAAUGAAAUAGACCUUUUGUAAUACCUUGAAGUGCAGAUAUGUUCCAUUUCCCUCUUUCUGCUGCCUCUGUUGUGCAAUUGAUCAAGCAUAAUUUCACCCAUCAAUUUAGCAUGAGAACAAACUGUUUAAUAUUUCAUCCAUCACUGACUUCUGUAAAGCCAUAUUCAUACCAGUAAGAAUGCCAUAUAUUAUUAUUAACAUUUGCUAUUGAGGUUAAUUGCCUUGAACUCAUAGCUGAAAAUAAAGUACUUAAAAGGAUAAGAGUCCCAAUACUUAUAAAACAUUCUAGAUUAUACCGUUUGUGAAGCUGUUAAACUUAUUUUUUGGUAACAUUUAUAAGUAGCAGUGACUAAGUGUAUGUGCGUUGCCUUUCUGUCAGUCAUCACUAUUCACCACAUUUUGAUUGAUUUUUUUUUUUUUUAGUUUAAAACUAGUAGUCCAGAUCCUCUGCUGGUGUAAGUCAGUGCAGCACCAUAGAGCCUCUUCCAAUCUUAUUACUUCAGUCCUCAGUAAAGACAGUAUACUUAGUGUAGCAGUAGGACAUCAUCCGAAAUGCUUGUGUGUUUUCCAGAGAAUAAAUAAACACACACCAAUUUGAACUGAAAUACAAUUUUCUACAGGGAUAAUCUUCACCUGUAAUGCAGAACAACUAAAAUUCUACAACAGAGAUGUGUUUUGAGAGGUCUGCAGCUACCUGCAGUCCUGUAGCAACUCGGAGACACCAGCAUACUCUGAAGACAGAAGUUAGAGACCCGCUUGCUCGUAAUUGAACAUGGCAGGGGAUGUAAAAAGAUUCACACGCAUGCUGCUGGAAUGCAACAGCAAUGACAAGCUGUGUGUUGUGCGUGAAUACCAGACUGAAGUUAUUGUUGUCCCAGUUCUCCUUGUGGGUGUUUUUGUCAUCAUGCUAACUGUGAUCCUUUGGCUCCACUGCCGAGGUUUGCGAGCAAAGCAGGAGCAAUCAUCAGCAUCUGGACACCAGGUGAAUGACAUGAAUCAGCAGGAAUACAGCUCAACAGAGAGCCGCUAUAUCCAGCUGAGUGAGAUGUCUGUGGAAAGCCUGCUAAAUUCUGCAUCCUUGACUCUGAAAGAACUGGAGAUACCAAGAGAGAAACUCUUGCCAGGCACUUGGCUGCUGAUAAAACAUGGUCACUAUGGGAGCUUCUACAGAGCACAGCUGGAAACUGGGAACCCCGGAAAGACUAAGACUGUAGUACUGAAAGCCUUACAAGACCUGACUAGUCCCCAGAAAGUAAAGGAUUUCCUGGGAAGGAUUAAAUUCCAUCAAAAUCUUGGCCAUCAUGAGAACCUGGUUGAAUUGGUUGGAUGCUGUGUAGGUCAGCUCCCACUUUAUAUGAUCAUGGAAGAUGUCUCUCUUGGUGACCUGUUGACAUUUCUAUGGACGUGUCGGAAGGAUGUAAUGACAAUGGAUGGUGUUCCUUAUGACUUCACUGAGAGGCAAGUAUAUGAAGUUGGACAACAGGUUGCAGCAGCUCUGGCUUAUCUUGAAAAGAAGAAAUUGUUCCAUGGUGACAUUGCUGCCAGGAAUGUCCUCCUGCAUUACAACUUCACUGCUAAGCUCUGUGGUUUCGGUCUGGCCUAUGAAACUCACACAUAUGGUGCCAACUCAGUCACAAAGAUUGUGCCAGUCAAGUGGCAGGCACCAGAGCGACUCCUGAAGAAACCCCCCAGCAUCAAGGCGGACAUAUGGUCUUUUGGAAUUCUGCUGUAUGAAAUGAUUACAUUAGGUGCUCCACCAUAUCCUGAGGUGCCACCUUCUGACAUUUUACCAUACCUUCAAAGAGAGAACAUGAUGAAGCAGCCCCCAAGGUGCCAGCAAGCCAUAUACAGCAUCAUGAAGUCCUGCUGGCAAUGGAAUGCAUCUAACCGGCCUUCUCCAGCAGACCUGAUGUGGUCCCUACAAACAGCAAUGAAGAACAGCAACAGUCAUGCAGUACUGCAGGUGCCUGAGCUGGUGGUGCCUGAACUCUAUGCUAAUGUUGCUGGUGUUGAUGUACUCAAUCCAGUCAGGGAAUACACUAUACUCUGAAGGACCUUGAUACAUGUUGGUAUAAGAGAAUUCUCUGAGUUUGCCCUUCCUAGAUACUUUGCAAGCUCAGGAUAAAGUGUAUAUGUUGGGAGGGAUCCCUUUGUUUUUUGAACAUGUUAUAUAUAUGCAAUCUCUCCUCCAUUCCAGAAACAACAAUCUGUUAUCAUACUAUUAUGAAAUGUAACCUGUUGAUAUCAGUCUGCCAGUGGUCUUUUUUUUUUUUUUUUU